AACCUCACGUCUUUUGAUUCUUUUUCUUCUCUUCGGUUACAAACUUUUUUUGUUUAUAAUUUCCUCUUUCAGUUCCUUGUAACGUGCACUUCUACCCUCUUAAGUUCCAGAAUCAUCAUCAUCGCUACCUAGUGAAAGUGAAAUCCCUCUUCAGACAUUAAAGAAGGUAGUAGAGAAACUCGUUCACACUCACCAUGGUAAAACAAAAGGAUAUUUUUGCAGGUGAUUAGGGUUAGGGUUUCUUCUUGGAGAAAAGUUAAUCUUACACAAGAUGCAGCAGCCACCGCAAAUGAUUCCUACGCUGCCUUCAUUCCCACCUAACAACAUCACUACUGAACAGGUUCAGAAGUACCUUGAUGAGAACAAGAAGUUGAUCUUGGCAAUUUUGGACAAUCAGAAUCUAGGAAAACUCGAUGAAUGUGCCCAGUAUCAAGCUCAGCUGCAAAAGAAUUUGAUGUACUUAGCUGCAAUUGCGGAUGCACAACCACAAACAACACCCACAAUGCCUCCGCAAAUGGCGCCACAUCCUGCAACGCAACCAGGAGGAUAUUUUAUGCAACAUCCUCAGGCUGCCACAAUGGCGCAGCAGUCCGGUAUGUUCCCCCAGAAGAUGCCGUUUCAAUUCAACAACCAGCAUCAAAUGCAGGAUGCACAGCAGCAGCAGCUACACCUGCAGCAUCAACAAGCCAUGCAAGCUCAAAUGGGAAUCAGACCUGGAGGACCCAAUAAUGGCAUGCAUGCCAUUCAAACGGAGGCUAAUAUUGGAGGUAGCAGCAGUGGCGGUCCCUCUUCAGCUUCGGGCCCAAAUGAUGGGCGUGGUGGCAACUAGCAAGGGGGCGCUGAAGCCGGUGCUAAUCUUGGGGUUCUUGGCAUACCAAUGAAUCAAAAAGAGCUAGUUAGACAAGGACAGUUUUAGUUGUAAAAGGAGGAAAGCUUAAAGCUUGUGGUGUCUACCUCCAUGAAUGUGGUUUUGUAAUAACAUUUAAAGCUUGCUGCGUGUAUCUGAAUUAUGAUCCCAAUUAAAGCUUUAUGGUAAAGUUUGUGCUA